AUGGCAGAGAAGGUGCUGGUGGUUGGCGGCGGUGGACGGGAGCACGCUCUGGCUUGGAAGCUGGCGCAGUCGGAGCAGAUUCAACAGGUCCUGGUGGCUCCUGGGAACGCAGGGACGGCGAACUGUGGGAAGAUUAGCAACUCUGGUAAAUACUUGAACACCUGAAGUUAAAGCUCCAGUGAGGAGUUUUUGACUUAUGAUGAAAUAUUAGAAAAUUCAACAAUUAUCAUGUUUUGGGCAUGAUGACAUUUUUAAUCAACAUUGGUAAAGAAAGAGCUUCCCUUUUUGUCCACAAGGAAGCGCCAGAGUCAGCACACAUUCAAAGUUCCUCAAAUGAGCUUUAAAGGGACAUUCCGGCGUAAAAUGAAUGACACACCGUAACACUGAGUUAGACAACCCCCCUCAAGAGAUGAAUGUUGCCGACCGCUUGCUUCUCUAGUUAUACCAACUUUAGUGGCAACCGCAGGAGAGCAAUACAGAGAGCUACGCACUCAACUAAAACACCACUCUAUAGCCACAAAUAAUGCUCAGAACAGCACCUAACUUCAUCAACAGGACAUAUAGGGUCACAGACAUAGUACUAGCCACCAAACAUCUUUUUAACUUUGACUGAUUUCUUUAUCAAAGAGACUAAACACAACUCACCUACUCUCUUCCAGCAGCCGCUUGUUUGUAGCGAGACCUCAGGCCAGUCCAUUACGGACUACAGCGGGGUGAGACAGCUUAAGGAAGAACAUUUAUGAUCAUUUCUUUAUAAUUUCCUUGAAGUGAAAAUCACCAUAUUCAUCAUCUUGCACUGCAGACACAGUAGUUCUUCUGUCUUAGCGUCUCAGUCUGGUUGCAUUUCCCUGAAGAAAUGAUCAUAAAUGUUCUUCCUUGAGCUGCGUCACCCCGCUGUAGUCUGUAAUGGCCCGAGGUCUCGCUACAAACAAGCGGCUACUGGAGGAGAGUAGGUGAGUUGUGUUUAGUCUCUUUGAUAAAGAAAUAAGUCAAAGUUAAAAAGAUGUUUGGUGGCUUGUACUAUGUCUGGGACCCUGUAUGUCCUGUUGAUGAAGUUAGGUGCUGUUCUGAGCAUUAUUUGUUGUGUUUUGGUUGAGGUUUGUUUAUGGCUCCUCAGCCCGCUGUGUAUUUCUAUCCUGCGGUCGUUACUAAAGUCGGUAUAACUAGAGAAGCAAGCGGUCGGCAACAUUCAUCUCUCGACAGGGUGUCUAACUCAGUGUUACUGUGUGUUUGACCGUUAAAUUAAUUUUACGCCGGAAUAUUCCUUUUAAACUGAAGUCACAAGUUGAUGAUAACAUCUAUGGUAAUGUUAUCACAUUAGCACAUAAUAGCCUCUGAUUGUAGAUGUUCUGAUGUCAGAUGGAGCAGCAGGACACGUCGUUACAUGUUAAUUCAUGUUCUUAAUGAGUUAAUGACAUAAUCGUCUUUACUAGCAACAGGGAACUUAAAAUCGUCCUAAUCACCUCCCUCCCUUUGCCUCCAUGCAGAGGUAUCAGUCAGUAAUCACGCCAUCUUGGCUCAGUUCUGUAAGGACCACCAUGUGGGCCUGGUCGUGGUUGGACCUGAGGUGCCGCUUGCAGCAGGUCAGUGACAUCGAAUAUAUCAGCUCUUUAACUUUGUGUUUGGAUCGUUCUACUCCAGUUUCUUUCUUUACUUGAACACCUCCUGCAGGUAUUGUGGACGACCUGACAGCAGCUGGAGUCCCCUGUUUCGGCCCGUCUGCUAAAGCGGCCCAGCUGGAGGCCAGCAAAAGCUUCUCCAAGGCCUUCAUGGAGCGUCACGGCAUCCCUACAGCCCGCUACGGCUCCUUCACCGACCCGGAGGAGGCCUGCAAAUACAUCCGCACGUCAGUGAAGCACACGCAGCAGACACUUCAGACUGACUCACAGCUCAGGUUUUCUUUACGAAGAGCCAUUCAACAGAGGGAAAUGUCAGCAUCUCUCAAAACGAAGCCAUUAGAGGAGUUUUCUUCCCUCAGACAGAGUCGCGAGUUAACGAGGGAAGAUGUGAUGACUGCGCUCCGAUGAGACGUCACACAAACAAUCCGCUCUCAACUUUUAAAGACAAAGAAAAAGUCCUUCACACUCGCUGAAAGUCAUUUCUUCCGGUCGUAUAAAGCAUCUCGAGCAGAACAGCUGCCACGCUCUGACAGCCUCCAUCCAUACACAUCCCAGACAAACAAUACCGCGCGCCGCCGAAGUUAAAUGGUCCACAAAAGACAAACAUUUGAUGCUCCGUAUCAGGCAUUCACCAUCUGUUCCAGAUGUGUUUUCCUGCGAAUGGGUGUUGAGUUUGUUUGAUUGUUCUGGGCUCUUCCAGGGCCGACUUCCCAGCGCUGGUGGUGAAGGCCAGCGGGCUGGCAGCAGGGAAGGGAGUCAUCGUGGCGAGGGACCCGGAGGAGGCCUGUCAGGCUGUGAUGGACAUCAUGAAGGUUUGGAAGAGUUACUUGUUGUUUUUCUUUGACUUUGGUAAUCAGAGAAGGGAGGAAAUGAAAAAAGAUACGUUAGGGUACAAAAUGAAGACUUAAUCUUUUAUUUAUAUGCUGAAAUAUGACUCUACAUACUCUACCAUGUAUGUAUAAAACAUAGAUUUUCCUGUGUUUAGGACCGAGCCUUUGGAGCUGCAGGAGACACUGUGGUGGUGGAGGAGCUCCUAGAGGGAGAGGAAGUGUCUGUGAGUAUUGAGACACAUGUAGUGUUGGGCGGUAUGAACAAAAUCUUAGAUCACGGUGUGAGUGAUUUCAUUUCACCGUAUGUUUUUUUUCCCCUUUAAAUUCAAUUAAUGGCUUAAAAAUAACCGUACUGUCGCAUUUGUUCAUUUUCCUUUUAUUUUUAAACUCUGAUUUGUAAACAAAUGCAAACAGGAUGUCAGACCAGUCUGGAGAUUUUUGAUCAAAGGUGUACCUUUGGAAAAAGACUCUGCCGAGCUCUUUCGUAUGAGAGGAGCUGCUGCAACUUUAGUUUUCGGUGCAGCGGGUGCUCCACACAUCUUCUGGCCUCCAUGAUAGAACUUGGCGUGUUUCAUCUUUAGGUGGUGGAAGAGGUUGUUGGUGUUUCCUCCUCCAGCAAUGACAGCCACACAACGCUCUUUCACUGAGUUCCUCCUCCUCUUCCUCAUGUUGGGUGGGUCGGGCUGCCUCCGUUUGCUCAGUACUGCCACUGAUCUCCGUGUCCACCAUGACCACCUCGAGUGAAGCUGCUGCUUCUUCUUCGUCGAAACUGUGCCAGGCAGUCUGCUGGACACGCUGGUGAUUCUAGGGAGCGCACCCAAACCUGACCAAUCAAACUGAGCAAAUAACCCCGCAAGACACGCUGGUGAAUAUAUAUACGGAAACGCACCCAAACUGAUUCGCUCCAGCUUUCCUGUUAGCGAGCGCAGACAACCACACACUGACUCAGAGAGAUGCAGCAGACAUCUGCGCUCUCUCUCUCUCUCUCUCUCUCUCUCUCUCUCUCUCUCUCUCUGGUAUAAAGUAUAAACACUUUUAUACCGUCACACGGUUUCUACCGGUCGACACUUUUAUACCGUAAACACAUGUUUGUUUUGUCUUCAUCUCCUCCUUCUUCUCCUCUUCUAGUGUCUGUGCUUCAGCGACGGCUCCUCCGUGUCUCCCAUGCCUCCAGCUCAGGAUCACAAGCGGCUGCAGGACGGGGACCUGGGACCAAACACCGGGGGCAUGGGAGCGUACUGUCCCACCCCUCAGGUACACCUCUCUGACGUUUCCUCUGAGUCUUUUACAGGAUUGAAGAAGACGUCAUUAAUGAUCUCUGUGCUGCUGUGACUCUGGACUCUGCAGGUGAGUCAGGAGCUGCUGCAGCAGAUCAAAGAGACGGUGCUUCAGAAGACCGUGGACGGGAUGAAGGAGGAGGGGGCUCCUUAUGUGGGUGAGUGGACGGCUCAUCUGGAUCUGGAGUGGGCUCAAUGAUCACAGAAAUAUGACAGUUUUCUUACAGACAGUGGCUCGCUUUAACCACUCUGCUUUUAUUUUGUAGGAGUCCUGUAUGCAGGCCUGAUGUUGACCAAGCAGGGGCCAAAGGUCCUCGAGUUCAACUGCCGCUUUGGAGACCCUGAGUGUCAGGUGGGCUCCUCCUCCUCCUCCUCCUCCUCCUCCUCCUCCUCCUCCUCCUCUAUCAUCCACCACAUGAGCAAAUAAGAGCAGAUUGUACAAACCCGCUGUUGUCGCUCCUUCAGGUGAUACUGCCGCUCCUGAAGAGCGACCUGUACGAGGUGAUCCUGAACACCAUGAACGGCAGACUGGCCUCCAGCGCCCCCGUGUGGCACCAGGACAGCUCUGCAGUCACCGUGGUGAUGGCGAGUGAAGGUUACCCCGGCUCCUAUAAGAAAGGAGUGCAGAUCACAGGUACAUGUCGGAGGAAGCAGGUUCUGUGAGACACAUUAAGGUCACGCUGGGUGUGUAACCUCCUCCGUUUGGUCCUCAGGUUUGUCCCAGGUUCAGGACUCAGGGCUGCAGGUUUUCCACGCCGGCACCGCUUUAAAAGACGGCAGCGUGGUCUCCAGCGGGGGCCGGGUCCUCACCGUCACAGCAGUCAAACCCUCUCUGGAGGCGGCCUUGAAAGCGGCCAAUCAGGGCGUGGCUGCCGUCGGCUUCCCGGGCGCCGUGUACCGCCGAGACAUCGGCCACCGAGCCAUCGCUCACCUGAACCAACACAGGUGUGUGUGAGAGCGUAACGGGGCUGAGAAUAACCCAAACACUGAAACACUACCACAUUCCUCUUUCUGGUUUUUAAAGUCUUUUCAAAAUAAAAGCCCGUGACUUUGCAUAAAUCAGCGUGUUUGUCUUUGUUUGAACGAGUCUGAAUCCUCCUGUAAGAGACCGAUCGCGUGUCUCGCUGACAUGACUGUGUGUCUCUGACAGAGGUCUCACCUACAAGGACAGUGGGGUGGACAUUGCUGCGGGUAACAGGCUGGUGGACAUGAUCAAACCUCUGGCUAAGGCGACGUCUCGAGCCGGUAACUCCAUACUUGUAUCUAAAAACUGAAGACGCUUGUAUCUUUAAGAAAACAGCAGAUGGAGGGACUGAAGCCUUUUAUUUCAUUAAGAGACAAACUCUUUUAUUAUGAGUAAAUUUUUAUAUCAAAGUGUUUCGAGUUGAAGGAAGUGCCGGUGGAUUUGGUUAUUUAUAGACGCUCAAACAGAAACCACGGCAGUCAUUUGUUUUUCCUCUCUAGGCUGUAACGCCGAGCUCGGAGGCUUCGCGGGGCUCUUUGACCUGAAGGCAGCAGGUUUCGUCGACCCCAUCCUGGUGUCGGGGACGGAUGGCGUUGGAACCAAACUGAAGGUGCGACUUGAUUUGAAGAUUCAAAACGAGUCUUUCUCUGAGCUGCUUUAAUGUCUUUGUUUACUUUGUCUUCAGAUCGCUCAGGCGUGCGGUCAGCACGGCGGUCUCGGUCAGGACCUGGUGGCGAUGUGUGUGAAUGACGUCCUCGCUCAAGGCGCCGAGCCGCUCUUCUUCCUGGAUUACUUCUCCUGCGGCCGCCUGGACGUGAACGUGGCCGCCUCUGUGAUCGGCGGUAUUGCAAAAGCCUGCGAGAUGGCCGGCUGUGCUCUGCUGGGUGAGCGAGGCGUUGGCAGCGGCGGCUGUUUGUUCUAUUUCUCCCCUUCAUGGUCACGCUUUACAUGUUAUUUUUUUUGCUUCACAGGUGGCGAGACGGCGGAGAUGCCGGGCGUCUACGCCGCAGGAGAGUACGACCUGGCCGGGUUCUGCGUGGGAGCGGUGGAGCGGGAGGCCCUGCUUCCCCGGCUCGGGGACAUCGCAGAAGGGGACAUGCUGAUCGGGUUGGCCUCAUCCGGGGUCCAUAGCAACGGGUUCAGCUUGGUACGCAAAGUCCUGGAGAGAGCGGGACUCAGUUACAGCUCGCCUGCUCCUUUUGGGAAGACAGGACAGACCGUAGGUACGUCAGCUUCACCGUCACUCACAUCUUUGAGCUGAUUUGAGUUCAUCGAUCGUGGAAAUCUUCGUUCGUCACACCGUCACCUUAUUUGACCCCGUACUCUGCUCCCAGGCGAGGUUUUGCUGACUCCGACAAAGAUCUACAGCCGCCCGCUGCUGCCGAUCCUCCGCAGUGGAGCUGUGAAAGCGUACGCCCACAUCACAGGAGGAGGACUGCUGGAGAACAUCCCGCGGGUGCUGCCUUCAGAGCUGGCUGUGGAUUUGGGUGAGAUGAAAGCGCUCUGACUUUCUUUUAACCUUCUUCAACAUCAGUAAAUGUUCGGAGGCUGGUUCGUGUGUUUUUUGUUUAAAUACAUGUAGAUGUGCUGAAUCCACCCUUUUCAGCUCAGUCUGGGGUCACUGUCUGACCCCCUCCCCUCUGUGUUUCUCUACGACUCAGACGCGUCUCGAUGGAGCGUCCCUUCCGUCUUUUCGUGGCUCCACAAAGAGGGGAAUCUGAGCGAGGAGGAGAUGGCCCGGACCUUCAACUGCGGCCUGGGGGCAGUGCUGGUGGUCUCACCUCUGGACGCUCAGAGGGUCUUGCGCCAGCUUCAAGCACAAGAAGAGGCCUGGAUCGUGGGUUCUCUCGCCCACAAGCAGCCCGGUAAGACGCAGAAAUAUGGAAAAUCCAGACGGAGUGUAACAGCUGAGUUAGAGUCUGAGAAUAAAGCAGUUAGGGCCUGAGUUUCAACCUGAGUUUCAGGCAGAGACCUUGAGCAGAACCAGACUUGUGUUAGACCAUCAUCUGCCGCUACAGUAGUCGGAUUAAAGAGAGGUGCGAGAAGAGAGGGAUGAUUGUUUUUCUCUACUCAGGGGGAGAACCUGUGGUGGUCCGCAACCUGAAACACAGCCUGCUGAAAGAAGGACCAGCAUCCAUCGAGGAGGAGGCGGUUGUUGGGGAGAAUGAUGGUUGCCAUGGUGACAAUGGGACGCCUCAGAAGAAGACCAGAGUGGGAGUUCUGAUCUCUGGGACAGGUGUGUUCGAUAAAUGUGCAAACUGACAUGAACACGGUUUUUAUAGGGGGACCAUAUGUCCUCUUUUACCCGGACAUGUCCUCUUUUUUGGGGGCUGUCCAGGCUUGUCUGGGGACGUUUCUAAAAUCCUCCAAAUGUCCGCGGUUUUGUGUCAUGUGGAUUUACUGAGUUAGAAGCUCAUAAAAGACACUCGAUCUGAACGGAAAAACUCUCAAAAUGAACUCAGUGUGACUUUGUGACUCCGCCCCCUUGUGUUAUUGUAUCCUCUAACAUGGUCACCCUCGUUUAUAGGAGUUUGUCUCACUCUUUACUCUCACAGGCACCAACCUGCAGGCGCUGAUAGAGCACGCCAAGCGCCCGUCCAGCUCUGCAGAAAUCGUGGUCGUGAUCUCCAACAGACCUGGAGUUCAAGGCCUGAAGAGAGCGUCGCUGGCCGGCAUUCAAACACGGGUGAAUAAACACGCUAAUAUUGACUUUUAUUUAGAUAACAUCUAAAACGAUAACUAGUUCAUCAAGUUCUGUUGAUGCGUCUCGAGGUUGUGGACCACAAACUGUACGGGAGCCGGGCAGAGUUCGACGGCACCAUCGACCGCGUGCUGGAGGAGUUUGGCGUGGAGCUGGUGUGUCUGGCUGGAUUCAUGAGGAUCCUCACGGGACCUUUUGUCAAGAAAUGGAACGGUAUGAAGGAGCUGGAGGAGAUUUCUUCAAAAUAAGACAUGAUCACCUGACAGUCUUUUAUGUUUUGUUUGUUAACGUUUCAGGAAAGUUACUGAACAUCCACCCGUCCCUGCUGCCUUCGUUUAAGGGCGUGAACGCACAGAAACAGGCUCUACAGGCCGGAGUGAGGGUCGCAGGCUGCACGGUGCACUUUGUAGCUGUGAGUAAAUCAUACUUUAGACAUAUGAGGUUGUUUUUUGAUAACCAGCUGAGUUUUGAGGCUUUUUUUUUCCUUCGUCUGUCCUUCAGGAAGAGGUGGAUGCCGGAGCCAUCAUCGUGCAGGAGGCCGUCCCCGUCCUGAGCGGAGACACAGAGGAGAGUCUGUCAGACCGAAUCAGGGAGGCCGAGCACAGAGCUUUCCCCGCCGCCAUGGAGCUGGUGGCCAGCGGAGCGGUCAGGCUCGCAGAGGACGGACACAUCGAGUGGAAGUUGAAAAGUUAA